GGCUGCAGUGACGUCACAGAGCAAGUUAGCUGGGCGAUCAGAAAACAAAAAACACUCCAGCAUCUUCAUCAAUAUCAUCAUUAGCAAAGUGACAGUUGUCAUCCGACAGAAACAGCCUUCUCAUAAUAAACCGUCUCAUAUUUUGCGCUGUGUGGAAGUGCAAACAAAAUGUGAGCAGGUUCACUUUCUCUUUGCAUCAUUGAGUCAAGAUGGCUGAUGACUUGGUCUCCAGCACAGCUGGGGCGCAAGGGGUCAUACGCUCCACUCAGCCCUGUCCCAGACAGAAGUACCGCAGUAAUGGCCACUCACAGGGACUGCUGGAUGGACUCCUGAUGCUGCGACAAGGGGGGAUUCUGUUUGAUGUGGUUCUUAUGGUAGAAGAUAGACCCAUCCAAGCUCACCGUAUCCUUCUGGCGGCUUCAUGUGACUAUUUCAGGGGAAUGUUUGCUGGAGGUUUGCGAGAGAUGCAGCAAACUGAGAUCCCUGUCCAUGGAGUCACUUACACAGCAAUGACUAAACUGUUGGACUUCAUCUACACCUCUGAGCUGGAGCUGGACCUGGAUACAGUGCAGGAGGUGCUGUGUGCAGCGACCCUACUACAGGUCCAAGAUGUGAUUGGCUUCUGCUGUGACUUCCUUUUCUCCUGGCUGGAUGAUGACAACAUCCUUGAGGUUGAGAAGCUAGCUGACAUCUACGGUCUGAAUCAGCUCGGGGAGAAAAUUCGCACUUAUCUGCUCAAAAACAUCCAAAAGUUCUCACGUACACCUGUGUAUCGUAAACUUCCUGCAGAAAAGAUGCUAAGCAUUCUUUCCAGCGAUGAUUUGGAGGUGAGCUCAGAGAACGAGGUGUUUGAAGCAGCCCUGCAUUACCAUUACACACCUGAACAGGUGGAGAAGGACCAGGUGUGCUUACAGGAUCCAUUGCAAAUGUUGGAAGCGGUGAGGUUCUGCCUGAUGGAGAAGCACGUGCUACAGCGUUUGUACAGUCGAUUAAAACAGUGUCCACUGCGGGACUCUGUUGCCGCCGCUCUGCGUUACCACAGUCAGGAGCUAUGGCAACCGGUGAUGCAAACCCCUCUUACUCAGCCACGCUGCAACUCUCAGUGUGUUCUGGGCUUUGGUGGCAUGUAUUCAUCCAGCGCACUUGCAGACAAUGAAGAGCGCUUCCAGGUGUUCCACCCCUCCUGGGGGGAGUGGCGUAGUGUCACUGCAGAUCGUGCUCCGCGCAUGUCCAACAUGGGCAUUGCGGUGCUUAAUAACUUUGUCUACUUGGUUGGAGGAGACAAGAACACCAGUGGCUUUCGUGCUGAAGCUCGAUGCUGGCGGUAUGAUCCUCGGCACAACAGCUGGUGUAUAAUUGAAUCUUUACGACAACAGCACGCAGAUCAUUGUGUCUGUGUAGUUGAUAAAUAUAUCUACGCCAUCGGUGGACGCAACUAUACCAAUGAAUUGGACUGUGUUGAGUGCUACAACCCUCAAACCAACACCUGGGAAUAUGUGGCUCCGCUAAAACGAGAGGUAUAUGCCCAUGCUGGAGCAGUGAUUGAUGGGAAGAUUUACAUUGCGUGUGGUCGGCGGGGAAUGGCCUAUCUUAAGGAGACCUACUGUUAUGAUCCCACUGGAAAUCACUGGAGCAUAUGUGCUGAAGGCCCGGUGGAGCGUGCCUGGCACGGAAUGGCAGCACUGAACGGCCGAGCUUACGUCAUUGGAGGAAGCAACGAUGGUUGCGGUUACCGACGAGACGUCCUCAAGGUAGCAUGCUACAACCCUACAGCAGAUGUGUGGUCUGUGGUGAGCCCAUUGCCUGCUGGUCACGGAGAGCCAGGGAUUGCCAUUCUCGAUGGAUGCAUCUACAUCCUGGGUGGAAGGUCACAUGAUAAGGGCAGUCGCAUGAAGUACGUUCACAUUUAUAAUGCAGAGGAGGACCAUUGGGAGAGCGGAACAGCCCUCGAGGACCGCGUAUCCGGGCUUUCAGCCUGUGUCGCACUUUUGCCACAGGCAACCAUGUCCCAUGCACACAGCUGGGAACAGAGAGCUAAAGCAUCAUGGGAGGAGGUAGACUGGGAUGACUCUGACAACUCCAGUGAGGACUGAUGUGUUAGUGCUACGCAAAUAGCAUGUACAAUUGCAAAGUGACUGAAUUAUAUGCUUUAUUACAUUUAAGAGCCCUAAAAAAAAUGCUAUAAUCAAGUUUUAAUAAUUUAAAAAAACGUGUAAUUCAUUAAUGUGUAAAUGGUAAAGACUGUUGUACCUGUCUAUAAAUAGCUUCAAGUGUGUUGGAAGUGUUCAGGUGCUUAAAGGGAUAGUUCACCCAGAAAUUCUGUCAUAUCUUCCUCAUGUCGCUGCAAACCCAUAUGAACCUGGAUGAAAAUCUUAGUGACUCCAAGCUGUCAAGUUCCAAAAAGGACCAAAUAACACCAUAAAACCACAAUAAAAGUAGUUGAUAAUACACUAGCAUUGUAUUCCAAUUCAUCAAAUUUUUCAUUUUGUGUUCGACAGAAAUAUUCUAAAUCAUAUAGGUUUGGAGUGAUACGAGGACGUGGAAACAAUGAUAGAACUUACAUUUUUGGGUGGCUUAUCCCUUUAAGAUUAUUUAACUCCAUAUCACAGUCCCUUGUAUUGGGGGUAUUUUUACUGACUGGGUGAAUCUUACAAAGAAAUGUGUGGAUUCAGGUCAUAUUUCACUGCAACAUCAAAAGAAAAGAAUAAGAAAUACAAUUAUUUUAUAAAGAAAAUGAAGCCUAUUAUUUAGGAUUAAAAACAAAUGUGUUGUGAUGUUGUCAUGGUAAUUAAAGGAAUAUUCCAGGUUCAAUACAUGGAAUGCUCUCUGGAGGCAUUUUCCAGUCAUGACAGUGCAGCUCCUAUCUACUUGAAUCUACAUCCGUUGACUGUUGGGAAUUCUAAUUUCUCCCAUUCAUUUUAAUAGAAGUGGCCUGUCUCUGCUAAAAAGUCUCUGAUACAAGUUAAGCUCAAUUGACAGCAUUUGUGGCAUAAUGUUGAUUACCACAAUGAUUUCAUCCCUCAUUUUCUUAAAAAAAAAUCUGUUAAAGUGAGGCAUACAAUGGAAGUAAUUAGAGCCAGUCCAUAAACGUUAGAAUACUCAGAGGACGAGAUAUUUAAUGACACAACAAGGGUGAUGCUUGAAUGAAAAAUUAAACUGAAUGUCUAUGGACGAGCACAUCUGUGAGGGCUUAAAUGCGUUAGAGCGCCACCUACAGUUCAGAUCUGUAUUUUGUGAUGGAAUGUGAUAGAGAAAAAGCCUACUUUGGCUUGCUGACAAAGUGAGGUAGAGUGAACAGAACCACAAUUACAUGUUUAAAAAGUUUGGAAAAAACAAAAACAUUGACAUAUACAAUAUUUUUUUGUAUACAAAAUACAAAAGUCUUUUUUUAUUUUGGGGGAUUUCUGAAAAAAAGAGACCACAUUUUUUGCAAUUAGUCAACAGUAUGUGUGAAUGGUGAGCUUUUACACUUGAGUGGGAAUUGCGGGUAGCAGCAACAAAAAUGGUUAAAACCCUCCAAAAAUUGGCCCCAUUUACUUCCAUUGUAAGUGCCUCACUGUAAACUCGAUUUUUGCUUCUUUUUUAAAAAAAGAAAAUGAAGGACGGGUCUAAAUGGUUUUUUUCUUCUGUUAAUCAGCAUUAUGCCGCAAAUACUUUCGAUUGAGCUAAACUCGCAUUGAACCCGGAAUAUUCCUUUAAACUAAUUUUUUCCCUAAAAUUAUUAUAUCAGUAAUGUGAAACAAUCUCCUUCAAAAAUCAACAAAAAGUAACAAAAAUCAUCCUGUCUGAUCAAAUUAGCAUGAAUCAAAUUCAGUACAGCAAAUAAUAGGAUGAUGUUUGUUUGCAAAUAAUGUGUGGGGAAGGGGCUUUAGUUGUCAUGAAAAUAAUGUCACAAUUGAACAUUUUUAUUUAACAAAAUAAUAUUACAUUUUCUUUGUGCAAAAUAUUUAAUUUUGGUUUUGGGCUGAUACGACUUGGAGAUGUGUCCACAGUUUUUAUGAGAUUUACUCUUUUUUUUUUUUUUUUUUUUGCUUGUUGUGCCAUUGUGAUUAUACUGAGGAUCUUGUUUCUGUUUUGCAUUUAAUCUUCACUGAGAAUGACUUCAGUGCAACUAUAGGAAACUGUUGGUGUUGCUAACACUGUACAUGCACUUUAAGAAUAGAUUUGAUCUGGUUUUAUUUAUAAUGACGGUGCCUUUAUUUUACUGAGGUUUUUUAAGAAUGCCCAAUGUCUUUUUAAUUAAUAGAUUUUAUUUAAGUGCAAUAACAUGAUUUUCAAAAUUUUGUGUGGUGAACAGAAUAAUAUAGUGAAUGAGUUUUAAUUGAGUGACUCCAAAGAGACAUGGUGGGUUCUGCACAAAUGGCAAGUUAUUGAUUUAAACCCUUUUAAUGUUAACCUCUCUUAAUUCUUUUUUAUUAUUAAUAAUAAUAAUAUGUUCUGUUAAAAAUUCUUUUAAGCAAAAGGUUAUGCACUGAAAUUGAUAAUGCUUCUUACAAUUAGUUUUUUUUUUUUGUAUUUAAUUUCUAUCUGGAAUGUAUCCGACUUGUUGCAAACAAAAUUUCUGAUUUGUUUGACAAAGUUGAAUGUCAUAAUCAAGAUCAUCAGCAUAUUAAUUCUGCAAAUAUUUCAAAUAUUUUAUAUUUUAUCAAUUCACUGAAUAUUUGUUUUCUUUUAUGCAAACUAUCACGAUAUGAUACAAAUAUUCUUUCAUUUAUUGGUACAAUGCUUAUUUUUUUGACUGUAAUUGCUAAAACUAAUUCAUCUAAUUUCAUCUUUAAAAUAUGUAUAUAUAUAUUUUUUGGGGGGGCUUUUAUGUUGUAACUAUGUUGUUACCUGUUUGCAAUAUUAAGGUUCCUUAAUGAGUAUAUAAAGAGACAGUAAAGAAUAAUCGAUGGUAUUGCAGUUGUCUGGGGUACUUAACACAGCGUGACUCGAUCAUAUAGUCAACUUUAAGCAGAAGUAACCAUUAGACUUCAGAAAGCAGAGUGACUUACAAGGAAUAUUUUCUCAAAUUGCAGCCCUGUUAAUGUUGCGAUUGGUGUCUCAGCAACAGAUGCCGGUGCUGCUGGUAUCCUAUAUUAUGUUGUUUUAACAACCUCAGCUGCAUUAACCGACAUAUCUCUUUUUAACAUCACCCAGAGGGGCUCUUAAGGCUUCAGUUUAGUGUUAAAUGGUCUGUGGAUGGUUAUUACAGCGUGAAGAUUUUUAUGUUCUCUCACUUUCCUGCACACUUUCUCAUGCGUUCACAUAGACAUAAAAACCCUUUCAGCAUGUCUGUUUCAUUUCCUUCAACAAGAGGGACAUUGAGAGACAUUUUCUUUUUAGCACAAAUCAGGAAAAUAUUUUUAUAUAUCAUGCAAAACAAAUCCUUUGCCAUUUGUUGUAGUACCCAAUGUUAAACACAAG